CCAGGCACAGGAUCCCGGGGACAUGUAGCAGACCCCCGGGGGAAGCUCACACUGGGUACCGUAGGGGGCAGGAUGGGGUUCGCCCCCUGGAGGUGGCUGCUCGCCCUGUGUCUCAGGCUGCUCUUCCUUGUCCCCGCAGGAGUGCCGGUGCGGAGCGGGGAUGCCGGCUUCCCAAAAGCCAUGGACAACGUGACGGUGCGACAAGGAGAAAGCGCCAUCCUCAGGUGCACAGUGGACAGUCGAGUGACACGUGUGGCCUGGCUGAAUCGCAGCACCAUAUUAUACACUGGCAAUGACAAGUGGUCUAUAGACCCCCGGGUUGUUCUUCUGGCUUACACCAAAACUCAUUAUAGCAUUGAGAUCCAGAAUGUUGACAUUUAUGAUGAGGGCCCCUACACCUGCUCUGUGCAGACAGACAAUCACCCCAAAACCUCUCGAGUACAUAUCAUUGUACAAGUUCCGCCGCAGAUCCUAAACAUCUCCUCCGAUAUAGCAGUGAAUGAAGGAAGCACUGUAGCCCUCCGAUGUUUAGCUACUGGCAGACCUGAGCCAGCUGUGACGUGGAGACAUAUAUUUAGGAAGAAAUCUCAAAGCUUUGUGAGUGAGGAUGAAUAUUUGGAGAUCACAGGAAUUACCAGGGAGCAAUCAGGAUUAUACGAAUGCAGCGCCGCCAAUGAUGUGUCAGUGCCUGAUGUUCGAAGGGUUAAAGUUACCGUAAAUUAUCCACCGUACAUCUCUGACACAAGGAAUACAGGUGCCUCAGUUGGACAAAAGGGCAUUCUCCGAUGUGCUGCAUCAGCAGUUCCCCUAGCUGAAUUCCAGUGGUUUAAAGAAGACACCAGAUUAGCCAAUGGGCUUGAUGGUGUACGGAUUGAGAGCAAAGACGACAUGUCCGUUCUGACAUUUUUCAAUGUUUCGGAGAAGGAUUAUGGCAAUUAUACGUGUGUUGCAUCUAACACGCUGGGGAACAGCAAUGCCAGUGUCAUAUUAUAUGGGCCGGGAGCUGUGCAAAAUCGAAGCAGUUCAUCUUCAGCAGCUCUAACCGCCACCUGUCUCUGGUGUUCCAUUCUCUAUUCCCUCACCAAGUUUUGAUGAAGAAGAAGACAAGGAGGUGGGGGAUGCUCAGUGAUGUUAGAAGCUAUGGGUGGAUUGUCCCUCUUCCCCCACCCCAUCAGAAAUUACUUCACAUACUCUGAAGGGGGCUACUUUAUCCCCAUACCCCACACUCCCUCGGGCUUUUGUCUGUUACAUGAUAUAAAUUCUACAGUGGAACAGAAAUCAUCUGUCUUUUUCACCUAUUCCUGACCAUUUCAAUACUUACAGCAAAAAGAAAAUCAGAGAAACAGAGCCCGGGGGAGCAUUGGGGUUGGUUUACUUGUAUUGGUGUCUUCGUAAACCCCUGUGUGAUUCUCGCCAGGUCUUUAUGGAUGCAAGAGGAAGAAAUUAGGGCAAGUGGAUUCCUCACCUUUUUACAAAAGAGACAGUGAAUAAAGGAAAUUAACAUUCAUAUUCUCUCUAUGCUUGGCUGUUGGGUGCCAAAUAAAAGGGAUUACAAUCAAUGGCAUGUGGGUAAUUUUACAGGAACUGCAGGAAAUAUUCAGACUGCAGGAUGAUAUAAGUUCUUUAUCAGUAAGCGGCUCUAUUGGAAACCUUUUGGAAACAUCUACCAGCCCUGAGCUUUCCCAAGUACCCAUUUGUCUUUUCUUAUACAAAUAUUGAAUCCUCCUUGUCCUCUCGUAAAAAAAACACAUACCCUUCUGGACUUCCAACCACCUUCUUACCAACACAUUGGCAUCUAUGGAAUCACCUUUUAUGAUGUUGGCUGUAGGUUCCUUUACUUCAACCACUAAAGCACCUUGUGGAUCUUUACUCAAAACACAAUUGUCUCAUUUUCAUUGCUAUCUGGGACACUAGCCCUCCCCAGAUCCCUCUUCCUCCAGUAGGUCACAUGGAAGUUUAUCUUGGUCACAUAAUUUUCUUUUUUUAAGAAAGUUGUCAUAUUGUAUUGCACACUUGUUUUAUUUGUUGUACAGUUGUACAGUUCAAUAACCGGAAAUAAACAUACUACAUAAACCAUAUCUGGGUAGAUGAAUGGAAAGGUUAUCAUUUAAAGCCCCCCCCCCCCAGGAUAAAAAAAAAGUUCUGUAUUUUUAUGUCCCAAGAUGAGUUUCUAAAAUUUGUUAUUGAGAUGUACUAGUAGAUAUAGCAUAAAAAGAUUAAAGUACUUGAAAAUUCUGACAAAGCUAUACAGUAGGUCUGCGUAUAAUAAUUGGUCUGACGUAUAAGAAUCUGUGGGCUAAAUACUUUAUAUGCAUCGGGCUGAUGUUUGUGUUGCCGACAUGGAGUAUAAAGAGAUGUCUGUAGGUUUUACAGUGAUUCAGUGACUUACACUUGUUCUCAUCAGAUACUCACUUUCAUCUCACCUCUUACCAUUCAUGUAGUGUAAGCUUAAUAAAAGCCAGACACUGGCAAAAACACGCAGAGCAGCACAGCUAAAUAUUAAUAGAUGAUCCAUUGUAUCUCUAGGCAAAGGGAACAGAAGACCAGCAAGGUAGCGCACUGCAUACUUAAAUAACCCUUUAGGACCCAGAUUGUAAUUCAAAACAGUUACUUGUAACUACCAUAGCACUGGUGGAAUGUAAAACUAAAUACACUGAUGGGUUUGUGUCAUAAAAUGUCAGCAGUUUGUGACAAGAUACUGAUAAGUGUGCAGGUUUCAAGACAAGUGAGGCAGAAGCAGCACAGUGCUAUUCAGGUAUCUAGACAGGUUAGUAAUAAGUGAUAUAGUGCUGUGUAAAUCUGUAGUAGGAUAAGAAAUGACACAAUGCACAGCUAAGCUCUAGCCACAUAAGACAUGGGUGGUACAGUACUCUGUGUAUGUCUGUUCUGCUGUCAAGUGAAACAGCAGUAAAGUGAUACAGUGCUCUGCAGGUCUGUGUGAGGGUAAAGAAUGAGUGAUACAGUGCUCUAAAGAUCUGUGUGAGGGUGAUGAAUGAGGAGUAAUAAAGUGCUCUAAAGAUCUGUGUGAGGGUGAUGAAUGAGUGAUACAGUGCUCUAAAGAUCUGUGUGAUGGUAAAGAAUGAGUGAUACAGGGCUCUGCAGGUCUGUGUGAUGGUGAAGAAUGAGUGAUACAGUGCUCUGCAGGUCUGUGUGAUGGUGAAGAAUGAGUGAUACAGUGCUCUGCAGGUCUGUGUGAUGGUAAAGAAUGAGUGAUACAGUGCUCUGCAGGUCUGUGUGAUGGUAAAGAAUGAGGAGUAAUAAAGUGCUCUGCAGGUGUAUGUGAUGGUAAAGAAUGAGUGAUACAGUGCUCUGCAGGUCUGUGUGAGGGUGAAGAAUGAGUGAUACAGUGCUCUGCAUGUCUGUGUGAUGGUGAAAAAUGAGGGAUACAGUGCUCUGCAGGUCUGUGUGAGGGUGAAGAAUGAGUGAUACAAUGCUCUGCAGGUGUAUGUGAUGGUAAAGAAUGAGUGAUACAGUGCUCUGCAGGUCUGUGUGAGGGUGAAGAAUGAGUGAUACAGUGCUCUGCAGGUCUGUGUGAGGGUGAAGAAUGAGUGAUACAGGGCUCUGCAGGUCUGUGUGAGGGUGAUGAAUAAGUGAUACAGUGCUCUGCAGGUCUGUGUGAGGGUGAAGAAUGAGUGAUACAGUGCUCUGCAGGUCUGUGUGAUGGUGAAGAAUGAGUGAUACAGGGCUCUGUAGGUCUGUGUGAGGGUGAAGAAUGAGGAGUAAUAAAGUGCUCUGCAGGUCUGUGUGAUGGUGAAGAAUGAGUGAUACAGUGCUCUGCAGGUCUGUGUGAGGGUGAAGAAUGAGUGAUACAGGGCUCUGCAGGUCUGUGUGAGGGUAAAGAAUGAGUGAUACAGUGCUCUGCAGGUCUGUGUGAGGGUGAAGAAUGAGUGAUACAGUGCUCUGCAGGUCUGUGUGAGGGUGAAGAAUGAGUGAUACAGUGCUCUGCAGGUCUGUGUGAGGGUGAAGAAUGAGUGAUACAGUGCUCUGCAGGUGUAUGUGAAGGUGAGGAAUGAGUGAUACAGUGCUCUGCAGGUCUGUGUGAUGGUGAAGAAUGAGUGAUACAGUACUUUGCAGGUCUGUGUGAGGGUGAAGAAUGAGUGAUACAGUGCUCUGCAGGUCUGUGUGAGGGUGAAGAAUGAGUGAUACAGUACUUUGCAGGUCUGUUUGAGGGUGAAGAAUGAGUGAUACAGUGCUCUGCAGGUCUGUGUGAGGGUGAAGAAUGAGUGAUACAGUGCUCUGCAGAUUUGUGCGAGGGUGAAGAAUGAGUGAUGCAGUGCUCUGCAGGUCUGUUUGAAGUUGAAUAAUUAGUGAUGCCGUGCUAUGCAGGUCUGUAUAAGGGUGAAUAUUGAGUGAUUCAGUGCUCUGCAGGUCUAGCAGGGUGAAAAAUGAGUCAUGUAGUGCUCUGCAGGUCUGUGUGAAGGUGAAGAAUUAGUGAUACAGUGCUCUGCAGGUCUGUGUCAGGGUGAAGAAUGAGUGAUACAGGGCUCUGCAGGUCUGUGUGAGGGUGAAGAAUGAGUGAUACAGUGCUCUGCAGGUCUGUGUGAGGGUGAAGAAUGAGUGAUACAGGGCUCUGCAGGUCUGUGUGAGGGUGAAGAAUGAGUUAUACAGUGCUCUGCAGGUCUGUGUGAGGGUGAAGAAUGAGUAAUACAGUGCUCUGCAGGUGUAUGUGAAGGUGAGGAAUGAGUGAUACAGUGCUCUGCAGGUCUGUGUGAGGGUGAAGAAUGAGUGAUACUGUGCUCUGCAGGUCUGUGUGAGGGUGAUGAAUAAGUGAUACAGUGCUCUGCAGCUCUGUGUGAGAGUGAAGAAUGAGUGAUACUGUGCUCUGCAGGUCUGUGUGAGGGUGAAGAAUGAGUAAUACAGUGCUCUGCAGGUGUAUGUGAAGGUGAGGAAUGAGUGAUACAGUGCUCUGCAGGUCUGUGUGAGGGUGAAGAAUGAGUGAUACUGUGCUCUGCAGGUCUGUGUGAGGGUGAUGAAUAAGUGAUACAGUGCUCUGCAGCUCUGUGUGAGAGUGAAGAAUGAGUGAUACAGUGCUCUGCAGGUCUGUGUGAAGGUGAAGAAUGAGUGAUGCAGUGCUCUGCAGGUCUGUUUGAAGUUGAAUAAUUAGUGAUGCCGUGCUAUGCAGGUCUGUGUGAGGGUGAACAAUGAGUGAUAUAGUGCUCUGCAGGUCUGUAUAAGGGUGAAUAUUGAGUGAUUCAGUGCUCUGCAGGUCUAGCAGGGUGAAAAAUGAGUCAUGUAGUGCUCUGCAGGUCUGUGUGAAGGUGAAGAAUUAGUGAUACAGUGCUCUGCAGGUCUGUGUCAGGGUGAAAAAUGAGUGAUACAGUGCUCUGCAGGUCUGUGUCAGGGUGAAAAAUGAGUGAUACAGUGCUCUGCAAGUCUGUGCGAAGGUGAAGAAUGAGUGAUACAGUGCUCUACAGGUCUGUAACAGGGUGAAGAAUAAGUGAUGCAGUGCUCUGCAGGUCUAUGUGAGGGUGAAGAAUGAGUGAUACAGUGCUCUGCAGGUCUGUGUGGGGGUGAAGAAUGAGUAAUACAGUGCUCUGCAGGUCUGUGUGAGGGUAAAGAAUGAGUGAUACAGUGCUCUGCAGGUCUGUGUGAGGGUAAAGAAUGAGUGAUACAGUGCUCUGCAGGUCUGUGUGAAGGUGCAGAAUGAGUGAUACAGUGCUCUGCAGGUCUCUAGCAGGGUGAAGAAUGAGUCAUGCAGUGCUCUGAAGGUCUUUGUGAGGGUGAUCAAUGAGUGAUACAAUGCUCUACAGGUCUUUGUGAGGGUGAUGAAUGAGUGAUACAGGGCUCUGCAGGUCUGUGUGAGGGUGAUGAAUGAGUGAUACAGUGCUCUGCAGGUCUUUGUGAGGGUGAAGUAUUAGUGAUACAGUGCUCUGCAGGUCUGUGUAAAGGUGAAGAAUGAGUGAUACAGUGCUCUGCAGGUCUGUGUGAAAGUGAAGAAUGAGCGAUACAGUGCUCUGCAGAUUUGUGCGAGGGUGAAGAAUGAGUGAUGCAGUGCUCUGCAGGUCUGUGUGAAGUUGAAUAAUUAAUGAUGCCGUGCUUUGCAGGUCUGUGUGAGGGUGAACAAUGAGUGAUAUAGUGCUCUGCAGGUCUGUAUAAGGGUGAAUAUUGAGUGAUGCAGUGCUCUGCAGGUCUAGCAGGGUGAAAAAUGAGUCAUGUAGUGCUCUGCAGGUCUGUGUGAAGGUGAAGAAUUAGUGAUACAGUGCUCUGCAGGUCUGUGUCAGGGUGAAAAAUGAGUGAUACAGUGCUCUGCAGGUCUGUGUGAGGGUUAAGAAUAAGUGAUACAGUGCUCUGCAAGUCUGUGCGAAGGUGAAGAAUGAGUGAUACAGUGCUCUACAGGUCUGUAACAGGGUGAAGAAUAAGUGAUGCAGUGCUCUGCAGGUCUGUGUGAAGGUGAAGAAUGAGUGAUACAGGGCUCUGCAGGUCUAUGUGAGGGUGAAGAAUGAGUGAUACAGUGCUCUGCAGGUCUGUGUGAGGGUGAAGAAUGAGUAAUACAGUGCUCUGCAGGUCUGUGUGAAGGUGCAGAAUGAGUGAUACAGUGCUGCAGGUCUCUAGCAGGGUGAAGAAUGAGUCAUGCAGUGCUCUGAAGGUCUUUGUGAGGGUGAUCAAUGAGUGAUACAAUGCUCUACAGGUCUUUGUGAGGGUGAUGAAUGAGGGAUACAGUGCUCUGCAGGUUUGUGUGAGGAUGAAGAAUGAGUGAUACAGUGCUCUGCGGGUCUUUGUGAGGCUGAAGAAUUAGUGAUACAGUGCUCUGCAGGUCUGCGUAAAGGUGAAGAAUGAGUGAUACAGUGCUCUGCAGGUCUGUAACAGGGUGAAGAAUGAGUAAAUCAGUGCUCUGCAGGUCUCUAGCAGGGUGAAGAAUGAGUCAUGCAGUGCUCUGCAGCGCUGUGUGAGGGUGAAGAAUGAGUCAUACAGUGCUCUGCAGGUCUGUGUGAGGGUGAAGAAUUAGUGAUACAGGGCUCUGCAGGUCUGUGGAAGGAUGGAGAAUGAGUGAUACAGUGCUCUGCAGGUCUGUGUGAAGGUGAAGAAUGAGUGAUACAGUGCUCUGAAGGUCUGUGGGAGGAUGGAGAAUGAGUGAUACAAAGCUCUGCAGGUCUGUGUGAGGGUGAGAAUGAGUGAUACAGAGCUCUGCAGGUCUGUAACAGUGUGAUGAAUGAGUGAUACAGUGCUCGUCUGCAGGUUUGUAAGAGGGUGAAGAAUGAGUGAUGCAGUGCUCUGCAGGUCUGUGUGAGGGUGAAGAAUGAGUGAUACAGUGCUCUGCAGGUCUGUGAGGGUGAUAAAUGAGUGAUACAGUGCUCUGCAGGUCAGUGUGAGGGUGAAGAAUGAGUGAUACAGUGCUCUGCAGGUCUGUGUAAGGGUCAAGAAUGAGCAAUACAGUGCUCUGUAGGUCUGUGAGAGUGAGGAAUGAGUGAUACAGUGCUCUGCAUCUCUGUGUGAAGGUGAGGAAUGAGUGAUACAGUGUUCUGCAGGUCUGUUUGAGUGGAUGAGUGAUACUGUGCUCUGCAGGUCUCUGUGAUGGUGAAGAAUGAGUGAUACUGUGCUCUGCAGGUCUGUGUGAGGGUGAAGAAUGAGAGAUACAGUGCUCUGUAGGUCUGUGUGAGGAUGAGGAAUGAGUGGUACAGUGCUCUGCAGGUCUGUGAAGGUGAAGAAUGCGUGAUACAGUGCUCUGCAGGUCUGUGUGAGGGUGAAAAUGAGUGAUACAGUGCUCUGCAGGUCUGUGUGAGGGUGAAGAAUGAGUGAUACAGUGCUCUGCAGGUCAGUGUGAAGGUGAAGAAUGAGUGAUACAAUGCUCUGCAGCUAUGUGUGAGGGUGAAGAAUGAGUGAAGCCGUGCUCUCCAAGUCUGUGGGGGGAUGAAUGAGUGAUACAGUGCUCUGCAGGUCUAUUUGAGGGUGAUGAAUGAGUGAUACAGUGCUCUACAGGUCUGUGUGAUGGUGAAUAUUUAGUGAUACAGGGCUCUGCAGGUCUGUGUGAGGGUGAAGAAUGAGUGAUUCAGUGUUCUGCAGGUCUGUGUGAAAGUGACAAAUGAGUGAUACAGUGCUCUGCAGGUCUGUGUGAAGGUAAAAAAUGAGUGAUACAGUUAUCUGCAGGUUUGUGAAGGUGGGGAAUAAAUGAUACAGUGCUCUGCAGGUCUGUGUGAAGGUGAGCAAUGAGUGAUACAGUGCUCUACAGAUCUAUAUGAGAGUGAAGUAUGAGUGAUACAGUUCUCUGCAGGUCUAUAUGAGAGUAAAGAAUGAGUGAUACAGUGCUCUGCAGGUCUAUAUCAAAGUGAAGAAUGAAUGAUACAGGGCUCUGCAUGUCUUUAGCAGAGUGAAGAAUGAGUGAUACAGUGCUCUGCAGGUCUAUAUCAGAGUGAAGAAUGAGUGAUACAGUGCUCUGCAGGUCUAUAUGAGAGUAAAGAAUGAGUGAUACAGUGCUCUGCAGGUCUAUAUCAGAGUGAAGAAUGAGUGAUAGAGGGUUCUGCAGGUCUUUAGCAGAGUGAAGAAUGAGUGAUACGGUGCUAUGCAGAUCUAUAUGAGAGUGAAGAAUGAGUGAUACAGUGCUCUGCAGCGCUGUGUGAGGGUGAAGAAUGAGUGAUACAGUGCUCUGCAGGUCUGUGUGAAGGUGAAGAAUGAGUGAUACAGUGCUCUGCAGAUCUAUAUGAGAGUGAAGAAUGAGUGAUACAGUGCUCUGCAGGUCUAUAUGAGAGUGAAGAAUGAGUGAUACAGUGCUCUGCAGGUCUAUAUGAGAGUGAAGAAUGAGUGAUACAGUGCUCUGCAGGUCUAUAUCAGAGUGAAGAAUGCGUGAUAGAAGUGCUCUGCAGGUCUAUAUGAGAGUGAAGAAUGAGUGAUGCAGUGCUCUGCAGGUCUAUAUCAGAGUGAAGAAUGAGUGAUACAGUGCUCUGCAGAUCUAUAUGAGAGUGAAGAAUGAGUGAUACGGUGCUCUGCAGGUCUAUAUCAGAGUAAAGAAUGAAUGAUACAGUGCCCUGCAGGUCUGUGUGAAAGUGAACAAUGAGUGAUACAGUAGUGCUCUGCAGAUCUAUAUGAGAGUGAAGAAUGAGUAAUACAGUGCUCUGCAGAUCUAUAUGAGAGUAAAGAAUGAGUGAUACAGGGCUCUGCAGGUCUAUAUGAGUGUAAAGAAUGCGUGAUACAGGGCUCUGCAGGUCUUUAGCAGAGUGUAGAAUGAGUGAUACAGUGCUCUGCAGAUCUAUAUGAGAGUAAAGAAUGAGUGAUGCAGGGCUCUGCAGAUCUAUAUGAGAGUGAAGAAUGAGUGAUACAGGGCUCUGCGGGUCUUUAGCAGAGUGUAGAAUGAGUGAUACAGUGCUCUGCAGGUCUGUGUGAGGGUGAAGAAUGAGUGAUACAGUGCUCUGCAGGUCUGUGUGAAAGUGAACAAUGAGUGAUACAGUAGUGCUCUGCAGAUCUAUAUGAGAGUGAAGAAUGAGUGAUAAAGUGCUCUGCAGGUCUAUAUCAGAGUAAAGAAUGAAUGAUACAGUGCCCUGCAGGUCUGUGUGAAAGUGAACAAUGAGUGAUACAGUAGUGCUCUGCAGAUCUAUAUGAGAGUAAAGAAUGAGUGAUACAGUUCUCUGCAGAUCUAUAUGAGAGUGAAGAAUGAAUGAUACAGGGCUCUGCAGGUCUAUAUCAGAGUAAAGAAUGAAUGAUACAGUGCCCUGCAGGUCUGUGUGAAAGUGAACAAUGAGUGAUACAGUAGUGCUCUGCAGAUCUAUAUGAGAGUGAAGAAUGAGUAAUACAGUGCUCUGCAGAUCUAUAUGAGAGUAAAGAAUGCGUGAUACAGUGCUCUGCAGAUCUAUAUGAGAGUGAAGAAUGCGUGAUACAGUGCUCUGCAGAUCUAUAUGAGAGUGAAGAAUGAGUGAUACAGGGCUCUGCAGGUCUUUAGCAGAGUGAAGAAUGAGUGAUACAGUGCUCUGCAGGUCUGUGUGAGGGUGAAGAAUGAGUGAUACAGUGCUCUGCAGGUCUGUGUGAAGGUGAAGAAUGAGUGAUACAGUGCUCUGCAGGUCUGUUUGAAGGUGAAGAAUGAGUGAUACAGUGCUCUGCAGAUCUAUAUGAGAGUGAAGAAUGAGUGAUACAGUGCUCUGCAGGUCUAUAUCAGAGUGAAGAAUGAGUGAUACAGUGCUCUGCAGGUCUAUAUGAGAGUGAAGAAUGAGGGAUUCAGUGCUCUUCAAGUCAAUAUAAGAGUGAAGAAUGAGUGAUACAGUGCUUUGAAGGUCUGUGUGAAGGUAAAGAAUGUCAUGCAGUGCUCUGCAGGUCUGUGUGGAGGUGAAAUCAGUGAUACAGUGCUCUGUAUGUCUCUUGCAGGGUGAAGAAUGAGUAAUAAAGUGCUCUGCAGGUCUGUAUCAGAGUGUAGAAUGAGUGAUACAGUGCUCUGCAGGUCUGUAUCAGAGUGAAGAAUGAGUGAUACAGUGCUCUGCAGGUCUUUAGCAGAGUGAAGAAUGCGUGAUACAGUGCUCUGCAGGUCUUUAGCAGAGUGAAAAAUGAGUGAUACAGUGCUCUGCAGGUUUAUAUCAGAGUGAAGAAUGAGUGAUACAGUGCUCUGCAGGUUUAUAUCAGAGUGAAUAAUGAGUGAUAUAGUGCUCUGCAGGUUUAUAUGUUAGUGAAGAAUGAGUGAUACAGUGCUCUGCAGGUUUAUAUGUUAGUGAAGAAUGAGUGAUACAGUGCUCUGCAGGUCUGUAACUGGUCGAAGAAUGAGUGAUACAGUGCUCUGCAGGUCUAUAUGAGUGUAAAGAAUGCGUGAUACAGGGCUCUGCAGGUCUUUAGCAGAGUGUAGAAUGAGUGAUACAGUGCUCUGCAGAUCUAUAUGAGAGUAAAGAAUGAGUGAUGCAGGGCUCUGUAGAUCUAUAUGAGAGUGAAGAAUGAGUGAUACAGGGCUCUGCGGGUCUUUAGCAGAGUGUAGAAUGAGUGAUACAGUGCUCUGCAGGUCUGUGUGAGGGUGAAGAAUGAGUGAUACAGUGCUCUGCAGGUCUGUGUGAAAGUGAACAAUGAGUGAUACAGUAGUGCUCUGCAGAUCUAUAUGAGAGUGAAGAAUGAGUGAUAAAGUGCUCUGCAGGUCUAUAUCAGAGUAAAGAAUGAAUGAUACAGUGCCCUGCAGGUCUGUGUGAAAGUGAACAAUGAGUGAUACAGUAGUGCUCUGCAGAUCUAUAUGAGAGUAAAGAAUGAGUGAUACAGUUCUCUGCAGAUCUAUAUGAGAGUGAAGAAUGAAUGAUACAGGGCUCUGCAGGUCUAUAUCAGAGUAAAGAAUGAAUGAUACAGUGCCCUGCAGGUCUGUGUGAAAGUGAACAAUGAGUGAUACAGUAGUGCUCUGCAGAUCUAUAUGAGAGUGAAGAAUGAGUAAUACAGUGCUCUGCAGAUCUAUAUGAGAGUAAAGAAUGCGUGAUACAGUGCUCUGCAGAUCUAUAUGAGAGUGAAGAAUGCGUGAUACAGUGCUCUGCAGAUCUAUAUGAGAGUGAAGAAUGAGUGAUACAGGGCUCUGCAGGUCUUUAGCAGAGUGAAGAAUGAGUGAUACAGUGCUCUGCAGGUCUGUGUGAGGGUGAAGAAUGAGUGAUACAGUGCUCUGCAGGUCUGUGUGAAGGUGAAGAAUGAGUGAUACAGUGCUCUGCAGGUCUGUUUGAAGGUGAAGAAUGAGUGAUACAGUGCUCUGCAGAUCUAUAUGAGAGUGAAGAAUGAGUGAUACAGUGCUCUGCAGGUCUAUAUCAGAGUGAAGAAUGAGUGAUACAGUGCUCUGCAGGUCUAUAUGAGAGUGAAGAAUGAGGGAUUCAGUGCUCUUCAAGUCAAUAUAAGAGUGAAGAAUGAGUGAUACAGUGCUUUGAAGGUCUGUGUGAAGGUAAAGAAUGUCAUGCAGUGCUCUGCAGGUCUGUGUGGAGGUGAAAUCAGUGAUACAGUGCUCUGUAUGUCUCUUGCAGGGUGAAGAAUGAGUAAUAAAGUGCUCUGCAGGUCUGUAUCAGAGUGUAGAAUGAGUGAUACAGUGCUCUGCAGGUCUGUAUCAGAGUGAAGAAUGAGUGAUACAGUGCUCUGCAGGUCUUUAGCAGAGUGAAGAAUGCGUGAUACAGUGCUCUGCAGGUCUUUAGCAGAGUGAAAAAUGAGUGAUACAGUGCUCUGCAGGUUUAUAUCAGAGUGAAGAAUGAGUGAUACAGUGCUCUGCAGGUUUAUAUCAGAGUGAAUAAUGAGUGAUAUAGUGCUCUGCAGGUUUAUAUGUUAGUGAAGAAUGAGUGAUACAGUGCUCUGCAGGUUUAUAUGUUAGUGAAGAAUGAGUGAUACAGUGCUCUGCAGGUCUGUAACUGGUCGAAGAAUGAGUGAUACAGUGCUCUGCAGGUCUGUAACUGGUCGAAGAAUGAGUGAUACAGUGCUCUACAGGUUUAUAUCAGAGUGAAUAAUGAGUGAUAUAGUGCUCUGCAGGUCUGUAACAGGUAGAAUAAUGAGUGAUACAGUGCUCUGCAGGUCUAUAUGAGAGUGAAGAAUGAGUGAUACAGUGCUCUGCAGGUUUAUAUCAGAGUGAAUAAUGAGUGAUAUAGUGCUCUGCAGGUCUGUAACAGGUAGAAUAAUGAGUGAUACAGUGCUCUGCAGGUCUAUAUGAGAGUGAAGAAUGAGUGAUACAGUGCUCUGCAUGUCUGUAGCAGGGUUAGGACUGAGUGGUACAGUAGUCUUCAGGUAUGUAGCAAGGUCAGGAUUGUGUAAUAGAGUACACUAUAGGUCUGCCGUAAAUCAGGACUGAGUGGUACAGUACUCUGCAGGUCUGUAGCAGGGUCAGGACUAAGUGGUACAAUACUCUUCAGGUAUGUAGCAGGGUCAGGACUGAGUGGUACAGUAGUCUUCAGGUUCAAAGCAGGGUCCAUAAUGGGUGGUACAAUACUCUGCAGGUCUUUGUAGGGUUAGGAAUGAGUGGUAAAAUACUCUGCAGGUCUUUGUAGGGUCAUGACUGGGUGGUACAAAACUCUGUAGGACUUUUGUAGGGUCAGGGGUGAGUUCUAAAGUACUCUGCAGGACUUUUGUAGGAUCAGUACUGAGUUCUACAGUACUCUGCAGGACUUUUGUAGGGUCAGUACUGAGUGUUACGGUAUUAUGUGGGUCUUUUGUAGGGUCAGGAAUGAGAGGUACAGUGCUCUACAGAUCUUUUUAGGGUCAUGACUGGGUGGUACAAUACUCUGCAGGUCUUUGCAGGGUCAGGGCUGAGUGGUACAAUACUCUGUAGGUCUUUUGUAGGGUCUGGACUGAGUGGCACUAUACUCUGUAGGAAUUUUGUAGGGUCAGGAUUGAGUGGUACAAUACUCUGUGUGUCUUUUGUAGGGUCGGGAUUGAGUGGUACAGUACUCUGUGGGUCUUUUGCAGGGUCUGGACUGGGUGGUACAGUACUCAGUAGGUCUUUUGUAGGGUCAGCACUGAGUGGUACAUUACUCUGCAGGUCGCUAGUUAGUGGAGGAGACAGAGUGCAAUAUGCUGUAAUUCUUUUGAAGAGUUGUACCUUUAUGCAAAGCUCUGUAAGUCUUCUACCCAAUCUAAAUCCAGUUGUAAAAUAAUAUUUUAUUUACCCAUAGGAAGCCAGUGGUUUAGUGUCUAAGUUUUUAGCCUACCCAUGGUUUAAUCAGACAUUUAAUGGUCGGUAUAUCUCUAACCAAUCCUGAGAUAACUUAUGAGAUGUUCUGUGGAUCUCAAGCCAUUAGCUUCAUUAGUGCAGUGUUCUAUGUGUUUCAGAGGCUAUUGGGAGUCAUGCAAUGCUCUGCAGAACCCUAGUGAGUUUGCGUUUAGUGGUGCAACACUCUGUAGAUCAGUGUCUCAGUUCUGUGAAAAUGUCUAACCAGGUAACUGUUGUGUACUGCCCUGCACAAAAACCACCAAAAUGCCAGAGGCCUAAUGCAGUACAGCCUGAUUAUAGGAAAGGGAUGUAAUGCUCUGCAGAGCUCUAAUCAGAUCUGGAAUAAGAAAAUGAAUGUUCUGCAGACCCUACACAAUAUGAAUGCUUAGUUGUGCCAUGCACUGCAUACCUUUACUUACAACUGAGCUCUCACUUAGGGCCUGAUAUUCAAAACAUUGCCGACAUGGAGAGAAGUCACACAAUAUCUGUGGGAUUUUUUUUAAGACCUUGUAAUGUAGAAGUCUCUGUAUCACAUAAAGAACAAUACAUAGCAACAUACAAGUCUCAAGAUAACAUUUGUGUUUAAAAUUGUUUUAAGGGACUAGUGACGAGACUUAGAUUAUCUCCCUGAGCAGCGAGGUUUUGAAUAUCAGGCCGUAUGUCAGCAGAUUGUUAAUUGUCUGCAACUCACUAGAGUUGGAGAAUCUAAUGCUCUUCAGCUUUAUGCAGUGAGGUAAGGGGUUAAUAAAAAAGUAUGUUUAUCUGCAGCGAGAUCAGAACUCAGCUUUGAAUUUUCUGCACUUAUCCCUAACUGAAUUAAGACUUAGGGCUAGAUUUAUUAAACUGCGUAUGCUGCUUUUUCCGCACGAGCCUUCAGGCUCGCCAGAAACAAAGCUCCUUAACUCAUCCGCCUUUGAGGUGGCAGACAGCAAUCAUCCCGAUCAGAUACGAUGAUUGACACUCCCUGCUAGCGGCCGUGUGCAUUGCAUUGCAUUGCACAAGCAUUUCACAAGAAAUGCUUGUGCAAUCAUGAUAAAUGCCAACCGCGUAUGCUGUCGGCAUUUAGCAAUGUCAGCGUACAUGAUCUGUUACAGCGGAUCAUGUCCGUCUGACAUUUAAUAAAUCUACCCCUUAAUGUUGCAAUGCUCUGCAAAAAUAUCUAGGAGUUAGCUUUAAUGUGCUGCCUGACUCUGGCUAAGUCAUGGGUUGGUAGUUAGGUUAAGGUCCAGUGGUGCAAUCCUCUGCAGUUAUCCUAACCCAGUCAGCUGUCAAUUGUCAACAGAUAAGUAAGAUCAGGAGUCAGUGGUGCAAUAUUCUUCUGAUUUCAAGCCAAUCAAGUCUAAGUGGUGCAAUACACUGCAGCUUGGGGCAUCAUUAAUACAAUACUCAGUACAAUGAAUCAGUUGAGGUGUAAACAUUUUGUUUAUUUUAUUCUUUUUCAGACCCUAGAAGGCCAGUGCAAGUUCAGUGUUAGCACACGGAGACACAGUCAGAUUGCUGCAUGUUUCAUGGCAUUUGUAAACAUUUUUAAGCCAGGGCAGUCAGAUGGUUGUAAUCCUGUGAUGUGUCAAUAAAGUUUGAUAUUUCUAAA